CUCCAGCCUGGCCGUCCAGGGCGCUGCGAGCAGCUGUGUAAGGCUGUUACCGCUCGGCGCUCGGCGGGGACAUUCGCUCCGAGCCCAGCUGGCCACUUUAAAAACACACAGGGCGAGAGCACGCCUGGCCCCGCACCCCAGCCGCACUCGGGGGCCGCCGCCGGGCCGCCCGCGCCCCUCCCCUCGGGGGCCGCCGGGCCCCUUUGUGGCGGGUAGGGCCGGGCCCCCACGUCCACGAGAGGCUCGCCGCUCCCUCUCCCCCUCUGCAGUUAAUCUUUGUUCCCCUUUUCUGCUGAGAGCAGAAAAAAAAAGAGAGAAAGAAAGAAAAGAAGGAAAAAAGGCGUGACUUGAUUUUCAAACGAAACUCCCACAGCAAACAAAACCCUUUUAGAGAAAUAAGAAAGGAGGAAGAAGGAAGAAAAGAGGGAAGGGGGAAAAAGGAGAAAGAAAACCCUCCCGGCUUUCAAUUCGAGUAGGAUAGUUUAACCGAAAGAAAGAGAAAGAAAGGAGAAAAAAAAAUCCUCUCAGCGGUAGAAAGAGAAAAGAAAACUUGGGCUGACAGGAGGGGGGUGCUGGGGGUGGAAGGAAGUGAGAAAACAAAAGAGAGAUAAAAGGGCUGCUUCUCCGUCUCUUCCUCUGCGCUGCUUAGGAGGAGCUGUUUUGCAUCCCUUCACGUCAGCCCUGCCUCAUUCCCUUCUUCCAGGGAGGGAGAGCGCGAGCGCGAGCGAGGGGGAGGGAGAGAGCCGGAGAGAAAGAGAGGAGCCGAGGGAGGGCGGCGGAGCGGGCGGCGGGCGCGCGUGGAGGCGGCGGCGGGCGCAGCAGCCCGGGCGGUGGGCAGCCAGGAGCCCCCAGCCCAGCCCGGCCGCCGAGGGCCCCAGCGCAGGAGCCGCGCCCGGACCCAGGCGAUGUCCUCCUAACCGGCCUCCACGGGAUGGAGGGCUUCAUGGACUCAGGGACACAGACGGACGCCGUGGUGGUGCUGUCUUUGGCUCAGGCUGCAGUGCUGGGCCUAGUCUCAGAAAAUGAGCUCUUUGGAGCCACCAUAAGCGCAGAGGCCUUCUACCCUGACCUGGGGCCGGAGUUGGCGGGGCCCACCUCGGGCGAGUCAGGGCCACCCGGCCCAGAUGUCUAUCAGCUGGCCUGCAGUGGGCGGGCCUCGGGGACACCAGCAGAAGAGGAGGUGCUGGAGGUGGAGGCGGCCUUGGAGAAGCAUACCCGGCGGAAGACGCGGCCCCCGGUACGGCUGGUGCCCAAGGUCAAGUUUGAGAAGGUGGAGGAAGAAGAGGAGGAGAUCUACGAGGUCUCCGUGCCUGGUGACUACAAGGCCUUGGGCCCCACAGAAGUCCCUGCCGAGGGACCUGGUGGUGCCUGCGAGGCCCUGCAAAGCAGCGCUGUCAAGAUGAUCGACCUCAGCGCCAUUAGCCGCAAGCCCCGGACACUCCGGCAUCUACCCCGAACACCGAGGCCAGAGCUAGAUGUGACCCCUUAUGACCCUCACUUCCCAGACCCGGCCAGGGACGCCCUUCCUGAGCCCAGCAUGGCGCUGCCUGGGUCGGAGGCCUUGCCCGCCGAGUGUGGCUUUGAGCCGUCCCACUUAGCCCCUCUGAGUGAUCCUGAGGCCCCCCGCAUGGAGUCCCCGGAGGGUGUAAAGCCAGAACAGGGCUUCGUGUGGCAGGGGGCCAGUGAAUUUGAGGCCGACACAGCAGGCUCGACAGUGGAGCGCCACAAGAAGGCCCAGCUGGACCGGCUGGACAUCAACGUGCAGAUCGACGACUCCUACUUGGUGGAGGCGGGCGACCGCCAGAAGCGCUGGCAGUGCCGCAUGUGCGAGAAGUCCUACACGUCUAAGUACAACCUGGUGACACACAUCCUAGGCCACAAUGGCAUUAAGCCGCAUUCCUGCCCACACUGCAGCAAGCUCUUCAAGCAGCCCAGCCACCUGCAGACGCACCUGCUGACCCACCAGGGCACGCGGCCCCACAAGUGCCAGGUGUGCCACAAGGCCUUCACGCAGACCAGCCACCUCAAGCGCCACAUGCUGCUGCACUCGGAGGUCAAGCCCUACAGCUGCCACUUCUGUGGCCGUGGCUUCGCCUAUCCCAGUGAGCUCAAGGCCCACGAAGUGAAGCACGAGAGUGGCCGCUGCCACGUGUGUGUCGAGUGCGGCCUGGACUUCUCUACCCUGACCCAGCUCAAGCGCCACCUGGCCUCGCACCAGGGCCCCACCCUGUACCAGUGCCUCGAGUGUGACAAGUCCUUCCACUACCGCAGCCAGCUGCAGAAUCACAUGCUCAAGCACCAGAACGUGCGGCCCUUCGUGUGCACCGAGUGUGGCAUGGAGUUCAGCCAGGUGCACCACCUCAAGCAGCAUGCGCUCACUCACAAGGGCGUGAAGGAGUUCAAGUGUGAGGUGUGUGGACGGGAGUUCACCCUGCAGGCCAACAUGAAGCGGCACAUGCUGAUCCACACCAGUGUCCGGCCCUACCAGUGCCACAUCUGCUUCAAGACCUUCGUGCAGAAGCAGACCCUCAAGACCCACAUGAUCGUGCACUCACCCGUGAAGCCGUUCAAGUGCAAGGUGUGUGGGAAGUCCUUCAACCGCAUGUACAACCUGCUGGGCCACAUGCACCUGCACGCAGGCAGCAAGCCCUUCAAGUGCCCCUACUGCUCCAGCAAGUUCAACCUCAAGGGUAACCUGAGCCGACACAUGAAGGUCAAGCAUGGCGUCAUGGACAUCGGCCUGGACAGCCAAGGUGGGUGGGCCAUGUGCAACAGACAGAGGACUGUUACCAACAUGGCACCCUCAGGAAUUGCCUGUCUGGUUAAGGGAGUGGGGAGGCUGGCCAAGGCUGGGGAUGUGCUGGGGUGGGCCCGGACCUGGAGAGGGGUGGCCCUGGAAGGCCAUCAUGGCAAUGAUGAUGGGCUGGUUGUGUCUUCUUCAAAGGACUUCAGUGGGCUCACAUACAAUAAUAAAAAUUGCAACUAAGACGUAUGGGAAAAAAAAAAAAAGAAAAAAAAUAAGACGUAUGGAGUUGUGUGUGCCAGGCUUUUAUUAACUCAUGUGAUCCUUAAAGCAAGGUUAGCUCUGUUACCAUCACCAUUUUACAGGUGCAGAAAUUGAAGGAUGGGAAGUUAGGUAACUCAGAUUACAACACAUAGCAGGUGACAUACCCUUUUUCUUAUUACCAUGAGAUAACACUGAAAAUAAGUGUAUAGGGAACUAUCAAAAGGAAAAAAAUGGCAGCUGGAAAGAUAAGGGAGAACCCAGUGAGGUUGCCAUUCCAAAUACACCAUGGGAGAUCAGAUGGACAUGCAGAGGACAGUGCUGAGCUCCCCAGCCACCAAGGCAAAGAGUGGAAUACAGUCAGUCAUGCUCCUUAGAUUGCCUACCAGAGAGACAGUAGUCCACACAGUUAGGAGAGGGCCAGAUGGUCCUGUCACUAAGAUCUGGGAAAAAUUUCCAGACAGGAUCCUAUAAACCUCAGCAGCUGGCAGAAAUUUCAGAGGCUGUUUGCUAUAAAACAUCUUCAAAUGUUAGCAAUAGCCUCUCCUGCCAGCCCUGGCCAGUAUUAAAAGCUCUUAUGUCAGACUACUGUGGGGAGGGAAGGAAACCUACAGCACUUCAGGAAGGCUCUUUCUCCAGUCUGGAGCUAUUUUUCUUUCUUUCUUUUUUUUUUUUUUUUUGAGACAGUGUCACUCUGUCUCCUAGAGUACUGUGGCACCAUAGCUCACAACCACCUCAAACUCCUGGGCUCAGGCGAUCUUCCUGCCUCAGACUCCCAAGAAGCUAUGACUACAGGCACCUGCCACAGCACCCGACUAAUAAUGUCGAGCUGUUUCUGGUGCUCUUGAGACAUGCUAGCUGAGACCCAGGCAAGCUGACUUGCCAUGUGAGCUUCUCUACUAGAAACCAGCCAGGUGCUGGGACAUGGCCACCCUGACUGUGGCUUUGGAGUAGCUGACCAGUGCAUGGCCUGGAUUCUCUGGCACAAACAGUUGUCUCAGUUGUACUUUUGUCUUUGGGAGAGGGGCACCCUUUUGACUGCCCUGAGACUCAAAAUGUGGUAGAGGGACAGCAUCUUGGGCAUCACCUGGGUUCUUGCUAAAAAAGCAGCCUCUCAGCCCCAUCCCAGACCUGCUUAGUCAGAAUCUUCAUUUCAAAAAGAUCCUGAAGUCAUUUGUUGCUUUGUAAAGUUUGAGAGGCAUUGAACUAGAGUAGCCCUCAGAACCUCCUAAAGGGCUUAUGGGCCCUUACUGGGCCCCACCCCCAGAGUUUGGUGAGCUCCGAGAAUUUGCGUUUUCAACAAGUUCCCAGGACCUCACUUGGACUGCCUUUGAUGCCCACUCCAGAGGACUGGCUGCACCUUGGCAGUCACUGAGGAAUUUGUGAAAUACUGAUGCCUGGGUCUGGAAUCCAGAGAUUUGAAUGUGAUCUGGGAUCAGGAUUUUUUUUUAAGUACCUUGGGCAAUUCCAAGUGCAAUAGACUUUGAGGACUGCUGCUCCCAUGGACCUGCCAUAUAGCUUAACCACCAGGAGGGGCCAGAAAAGACCUUGCCAUUUUGGAAAUAACCAGGGCCAUCAAGAGACUGUCAAUGUUAACAGCUUUCUUAGAAUUUGUCUAGCAGGUUUUCCAGUUCUUACCAGAAAAUCCCCUUGAGGGAAAAGAAAAGACUGUCUUUGUAUACACCUGGUUUCCAGGGAUCAUUAAGGCACAAGCUUUUUCUGUAUGUGGUCAGUAACCAGGCAUGCUUAGACUUGCUUUCUUCCUGCCUGUACCAGGUGACAGAGCGAAGCAGUGAUUGGCACUGGGAUGGCUGGGGCUCCUCUCGAACACGGUAGGACCUCUGUAAGUGACCACCCCAGGGACUAUAACAAACUGGUCAGCAUAGGGAGGUGGUCAACAUAGCGAACUAGACCUGUUGUACUGGUAGUACAUGUGGUGCACGUCCAGUCUAUAAAAUUUAGGUCAACUUGGCUGGGUAUGGUGGCUCACACCUAUAAUCCCAGGACUGGGAGGCUGAGUCCAGUGGAUCCCUUGAGCUGAGGAGUUCAAGACCACUCUGAGCAAGGGCGAGAGCCAGUCUUUACUAAAAGCUGAAAACUAGUAGAAAAACUAGUCGGGCAUUGUGGUGGGUGCCUGUAGUCUCAGCUACUCAGGAGGCUGAGGCAGGAGGAUCACUUGAACCUAAGAGUUUGAGGUUACUGGGAGCUAUGAUACCAUGACACUCUAGCCUAGAGAUAGAAAGAGACUCUAUCUGAAAAAAAUAAGAAUGAGAAAACUAGGUUGACUUAAGGAGGUGGUCAGUGCAGAGAGGCAGUCAGUAGAGGAGAUAAGUCAGUGCAGGGAGGUGGUCAGUGGAGGAGGCAGUUGAUGUAGGAGGCAGUGAGUGAAGGUGGUCAAUGGGAGAGGAAGUUGAUGUAGGAGGUGGUCAGUGGAAGAGAUGGUCAGUGCAGGGAGGCAAUCAGUAGAGGAAGCCAUCAGUGCAGGGAGGUGAUCAGUGCAAGGGGGCAGCCAGUGUGGGGAGCCAAUUAGUGUGAGGAGAUGAUCAAUGCAGGGAGGUGGUUGGUAUAGGAGGUGGUCACUGUAGGAGGCAGUCAGUGGAGCAGCUGGUCAGUGCGGAAGGCAGUCAGCACUACUGUAUUUGGUCUGAGAGAACCCAAGAUAGGACCUUGUGCAGGAGUAGGGCAGUAUACAUUUCAGAUGGCAACACUAGUAAGCCACGCAGCUCUCACUGGAAAGGUGGGCCAAUGUCUUAUGUAAAAUACUCAUUGGGGCCAACCAAACAAGACCAAAAACUGGUGGAAGUUUCUUCAGGGUGAUUUAUUUCACUUACUUUUGUAGCAUGAGGCUGUGCCAUUAGGAUUUAAGAAAGAAACAGCAUAGUCUGUAAGAUUUGGCACAGUUUAUUGGACACUGUGGGCACAGGUGGCAGAGGCCCAUCCAGACUGGCUUAAAUAGUGAAGGAACAGAGUGAGAAAUACCCUCACCAAUGACAUCUGGGUGGGGCUUCCUCUGUCCACAGCAGUAGCUGUGAUUUUUUCCUCAUGGUCACAAAAUAUAGCUGCCAAGGCUAUCAAGGCAAUGUGCUCCCUACUCACAUUCAGUAGCCAAGAGCCUGUCCGCUUCGCGCUUUAACCCAGUGAGGACACCCUGAGCACUUACUAGUCAGCCCUUCCUCAUGAUUCACUGGCCAGGGUUGGGUCACCUUCCUAUUCCUAAACCACUAGUUGGCAAGGGAUGGGACAAACUUUAGAGCAGUUGUUCUCAAGUAGGGGUGAGUUUGCCUCCCAGGUAACAUUUGCUCAUGACUGAGACAUAUUUGGUUGUCACAGCUGGGGCAAUAUGCUGACAUGGAGUAGGUAGAGGACAGGGGUGCUGUUAACUAUAUCUCUUCUGUGGACAGGGACAGAGUGUACCUUGGGGGUCAGCCACAGUACCUGCCCACCAGCCUCCCAGGGCCCCCAGAGCUUUGUAAUAAGGUUUCAUUUUAAUAAAAGUACCAGAGACCUUCUGAGAGUUUUUGCCUCUUGUGUCCUUAUGGACUUACCUUGGAUGUGUGUUUGUCCUUGGAGAGCCAGGCCUAAGGGCAUUGCUGGGGAGAGGGUACUGGGGAGAAGCGCUGACGAAUGCUGGCCGGACAUCUGAGGAGGAAAAGCUCCAGCCAGUACCGUGAGUCUGGGCAGCACAGCAAUUCAGCACAGCAGCAUUCACUGGGUGACAUUCAGCAGGCUGAUCAGCCUCUCUGAACCUCAGCCUUUCUGCCUGCUGGAGGGCUGUGAGGUCAAAUGGGAUGAGGUAUGGGAAAUAAGUGCCCAACAUGCAGCAGGCACCAACUCAACUGUGUGCAGAGGCAUGAUGUCGUGUGUCAGGUUUCCAUGUGGCCAGGGGACUGUGAGAAGCACUGCAGAGGCAUGAGCAGGGCUCAUUGACUUAAGGGUAGUAGACGCGUGACCCCAAAAAGACUUCAAAAGGCCAGGCUUGGUGGCUCACGCCUGUAAUCCUAGCACUUUGAGAGGCUGAGGUGGAUCACCUGAGCUAGAACAAGACCCUGCCUCUAAACACAACUGGGCAUUGUGGUAGGUGCCUGUAGGGAGGCUGAGGCAAGAGCAUCUCUUGAGCCCAAGAGUUUGAGAUUGCUGUGAGCUGUGACGCCAGAGCACUCUACCCCAACCCCGGGGUAACUGAGUGAGGCUCUGUCUCAAUAAAUAAAAAAAAUAAAAACUUCAAGGCCUGACUGCAGGGAGGGGCCUCUGGAGCCCUGACCAGGCGGAGCACCUGACCCCACCCCCACCCCCAAUGCAGCUUACAACUUAGGACCAGGACCCACCUGAGAGGCCUCAGGCUCAGGCAGCCUAGGGAAGGCUGAGAGGCAGCUGAGAGCCCUCCGGAGGGAUGACUGGGAAACCUUUUCUUUAAAGAGGUAUCUGCUGCCUGUGUGGGUGUGGCCUGCCCCUCCCACAGCACCCAGGCUAACUGCACCCCUCUUUUGCAGACCCCAUGUUGGAGCUGACGGGCACUGACCCCUCUGAGCUUGACAGCCAGCAGGAGAUGGAGGACUUUGAGGAGAACGCCUACACCUAUGCUGGCGUGGACAGCAGCACCGAGGCCAGUGUCCUCACCGAACAGGC